AUGAACGAAUUAAAACUUGGAACCACAAAUAUACCAAAUUCAGUAGUAUUGGAUAGAGCAGAACUACGACAAAUGUGUGCACAAUUUGCACCAUUAGUGGAAAAAUACUGUCAACCGGCAGCUGCAAUUGCAAAUGUGCAUCUUCAACAGUGUCAGCAGUAUUUUAGGAAUUGUGGUCAAUAUUUAUCAGCAACAGAUCCGCUUUAUGCAGUUGCAAAUGCCUACAACUCUAGUGUUACACUGAAUUUGGGUAGUCUCAGUGUCAAGGGUAUUCCGUAUUAUCCGAUCAACGAUGAAGGAACGAUCGAAGUCAGUAACUUGGCUAAUAUUCCAUUUGGAACCUGGGGAGGCGGCUAUGCAAGUAUGGUUUUUUCUUUAUUAUUCAUUUCACCUGAACCUAACCUUAAUAUCUAUUCUUUAAGCGUUUUCUAG